AUGCCCCGACUAAUCGAGUCUGUCAGAGAUGGCAUAUGGGACUCUUCAGCGCGCUUUCAGCGAUGGCUUGAUACACCCAAUGGUCGAGGUGUCCUGAAAUGCACUGUCGCAUACACCAUCGCCAGUCUCGCAACCUUUGUGCCGUUUCUGGCAAACUUUCUUGGUAAACCAGAGGGAAAACAUGUCGUCGCGACAAUUACGGUUUAUUUCCAUCCGGCCCGAUCAACUGGGUCGAUGAUUGAGGCUAUUCUUAUCGCGAUUGUCGCUGUGGCUUAUGCCGAGAUUAUCUCGGUCUUGUCUAUGGUUACUUCGGUAUUCUUCGGAUCGACAAUGCAUCUUGUGACAGUAUCGCAUGUCCUGGUUGUUGUGGUAUUUAUUGGAGGCGGAUUUGGCUUCAUGGGGUGGGUCAAGCAAAGGAUGUUGAACCCUCUCGUCAAUGUUGGGACUACCCUUGCGUCCUUGGCUAUCAUCGGCGUCGUCACCAAGGAGAAUCAUGUCAUGUCCAACGUGUUCUCCAAUGAGAAAGUGUUACAGGUUUUCAAGAUGCUGGUCAUGGGUAUCACAACGACAACAUUGGUCAACGUGUUUCUGUGGCGAACCUCCGCCCGAGCAUCACUCCGAGAAACCAUGAAUAGGGUUUCGAUUCCUCUGGGAGACAUGCUUUACAUGAUAACCACCAGUUUCCUCAGCGGAUCGGAAGAGGGUCUCGUGUCGGAUGGCUUCACAGCCGCGUCUACACACUACGCGAAGUCUUACUCGCAGAUGAUGAAGGAUAUGAGAGAAGCCAAGUUUGAGCAUUACUUUCUUGGUCACGAAGCCAUUUACGAGCAUGAAAAGUCUGUUGCAAGAUCUAUGGAGACACUCUCGCAAGCUUUGGGUGGUUUGAGAAACGCAACCAAUGCUCAGCUCGAACAACUGCGGCACCCAAAGCCACUGAACUCUGAUACCAAUGGGACAAGCACCACGAAUACCGCACAAGAGCUAUUCGAACAUUUCAAUGAGUCCAUAGCCAUGUCGAUGUCUUCAGUACGACAGAAUCUCUGCCGAAUCCUACAUGAGCCACAGUUUGGCAAGCCUCCCCACUAUGAGAUCAGUGUCGAUGAGGAUCUACGCCGCAAUUUGAUGGACUCAUUGGACACCUUCGAUGAGUCUCGCUCCGAUGCCCUCCAGGGGUUGUACGACCGCAUAGAACAGAUGGCUUCCUCAGACUUUACAACACGUGCAAACCUUGAAGAAGUCGCCGCUGCAUGUGGACACUUUACAUUUAGCGUUCAGUCUUUCGGGGAAGAUGUGCUACAAUACCUGGACGUCUUGGACGAUCUGCAGUACGUCAUCCUACACAAGAGUCGAAGCUGGAGAUGGCUUCUGUGGUGGAAGGGUGAUGAACAAGACCGCGCAAAAGCUAUCAGAUUGUUUGAGUCGGCCGAGGCGGAUGUGUUGAUGCGCAACAGACAACGAUCUGUUAGCUCGCACAGCGGAGCAGAUACUUCAGCCGCUGUUCCCAUACCCGUGGAUGUCAGAACAUGGUAUCAGGCACCUGAUCUAAACAGGAUUCUGGCUUGGUUCUGGAGAAACAUCUCUGCACUUUUUAAGAAGAUGGCGCGAGAUGAUAUCCAGUUCGGCCUCAAAGUCGGUAUUGGUGCCGCUCUUUGGGCAAUGCUCGCGUUCCUAAAAGAGACAAGAGAGUUGUACAGAGAAUGGCGUGGUGAAUGGGGACUUUUGUCCUUCAUCAUUGUCUGCAGUUUCACGGUCGGUGCUUCCAAUACCGUCAGUUUGGCUCGAUUCAUAGGAACGCUAUUCGGGGCGCUGUUCUCUGUCGUCAACUGGAAAAUUAGCCAUGGAUAUGCCUUGGCUUUGAUACCCCUCGGAUGGCUGACUAGCUUCAUCAACUUUUAUCUCGUCAUUCAGCAUGGGAAGGCUUCAUUCGGGCGCAUCAGUCUCCUUGCCUAUAAUGUCUCAACGCUAUAUGCUUACAGAGUGAAGAGAAAGGCAGAUGGAAACGACACGGCCGAUGAUGGUGUCUUUGAUCAGCCCGACAUCAUGGAGAUAGCCAAGCGUCGCGCCAUUGCCGUCACAGCCGGUAUCAUCUGGGGUCUUGUCAUUUGCCGCGUCAUAUGGCCUAUCUCGGCCCGACGCAAGUUCAAAGAGAGUCUCUCUGUACUCCAUCUCCAAAUGGGUCUCAUCUGGAAACGAGGCCCUCUCACCGUCCUUUUCCGCAGCGAAGGAUCGCAAAGCUAUCUCAAAUCCGGUGAACAAGCUGCUUUGCAACGAUACGCAUCCAAUCUAGACAGUCUACGCAUGUCAGCCGCGUCAGAGUUUGAGCUACGUGGUCCAUUUCCCAUGGAUGUCUACGGUCGAGUCCUGAAAGGCACGAUGCGUAUCCUCGAUAGCUUCUACAACAUGAGUCUCGUGGCAUGUCGAAAGGGACAUUUGACAGAAGGUGAAAAGGCCUUGCUGGAGUACACGGCUCGCGAGCGUGCUAUUCUCUGUGAUCACAUUUGUCAAGCUUUCCAAGUCGUUGCCAGCUCGACUAUGCUGGAAUAUCCUUUCGCAGAUGCUACACCGAGCAUUGUCUCGGCACGCGAGAAUCUGUUGAGCAAGAUCUUUGAGUUUCGAAAGGGCCAUCAUAGAAGGUUGGUUGAUGAUGAUGAUACCACGGGGAGUGAUGAUUCAAGGGAAGUUCUUGUUGAAGAAAGGGAUUAUGCAUUGCUUUAUGCAUAUGCCCUUGUGACGGGUCAGGUGGCUGACGAGUUGAGGAUGGUGGGGAAGGAAAUUGGCAGCCUUUUUGGUGUUUUGGAUGAAGAUACGAGACUUUUGCAAUGA